CGCCCCGGCAGCAGCGCACAGACUUCACCCUUGCCGGGACGCUGCCACACUGCAACCCGAGGAUGCUGCGCGCUGCCGCCCGAGGACCGGCCCUGCUGCUGAGUGCCCUGCUGUGGAGCCUGGCCGCCGCCGGCAAUCCAGAACUACCAAGAGCAGUUAAUAUAACUUGGUCUUCAAUCAAUUUUAAAACUAUACUGCAGUGGCAGCCAAAACCAUCAGGUUACCUCUAUACAGUAGAAAUCCAUGGACAGACAUCUGACACCAGAAAGAAAUGCAUACUGACAGCAGAAACCGAGUGUGAUGUCACUGACCUGCUCAGGAAUGUGAGAGAGACCUACACAGCACACAUCCUGUCUGUAGCAUCCUCGGGGAUGGAUAACCUUGAAGAACCACCUUUUGCAGUCUCUGAAAAAUUUACACCUUAUAGUCAAACUGUUCUCGGAAAACCGGAGAUACAGAACUACACACAAAAAGGUUCGAAACUGAAUGUUGUGUUCCAAGAUCCACUUACACCAUACACAUUUCCUAACGGAAGCUUUCAAAGUAUUCGAGAUAUCUUCCAAAAUGACUUGGAAUACAAGAUCUACUACUGGAAAGAUCAAAGUUCUGGGAAAAAAGAUGCAAUAACAAAAAGCCAUAAAUUUGAAGAAAGAGUUGACAGCUCAAAGAACUAUUGCUUCUACAUACAGGGAAUCAUUCCCUCCCGCAGCGAAAAACGCAAUGGUCAAGAAAGCAUGGUGCUCUGUACCAGUAUAGGAAGGAAUAUCUUAGAUGAGUAUGGAGCAGAAUUUUUUAUCAUCAUAGCAGUGACAGUGAUUGCAAUCAUCACUGUUGUCCUAUCAGUGAUCCUCUGUAAACACAAGAAGGCAAAAGCUGCAAGAGAAAAGGAACCACUUAAUGGUGUCUAAGGAAAAGUUACUAUUAACACUGAUUUCAACAGCACUUCAAAAACAAAGAAAAAACCCAACCAA